AUGCCUGUUACUGCUACAGGGACAGGCCGCCGCGAGGAACCAUUCUUCAACAUUGGUAACUCAGACACAAAUGUCAUCACCAAAGGUAAGGGAAUCCCUGACACCCACAUCCAAGACCAUGCCAACACGUCGUGUACUGCGCUAUCCAUGGCCAAUGGCAACGGAGUGCUAUUUACUGGAUCAAUUGAGAUCCCUUCUAUUGCAGAUAGUGCUACAAGGACUUCUGCACCAGUUGCUGAAUUGCAACGUCCAAAUUUUUUGGCUCUGGAUUUACAGUUACCAUCUCGUCAAAGUGGCAAAAAUAAUUACUAUGGCUCACUUGUGAAGGAAGAGAAACUGGACCAGAGUCUUUCUGAACACCACAAUAACGUUCCUAUUGCAAAUGAAAUCAAUGCUUCUGGGAAUAGUAUUCUUGGGAGACUACCUAACUUGGAUCUGAAUAUACUGCCAGACCCAGCUGAUUCACUCGAAGGUUUGCCUAAAAUGGAUGAAAGUGGGAGUGGGUUGUAUCAUCAUAGAACAAUUCAACAUCAGAAAGCUCAGGUGACCCCAGCGGCAGCUAUUUAUACAAUAAGCAGUGGAAUAGGUCGAAAUAUUGGCAGUACUCUGAACAUGUCUAAUUCAUAUGGGCUUUCUCAUAAGUCUGGACCAGCUGAUGUUACCUUAGAUUUGCAACUUAAACCACCAGCUAGACCUGAGCUAGGGAUAAACUGGAAAGGACUUGCUCCUGCUCCAGAACUGAGUCUCUCUCUAUUUGGUAAGCCUAUGGAUGAGCCCAAGUCUCUUAGCACCCCUAAUGCUUUAUUUGAUUCUGGGACUGCUGGAAGUUCCAAAAAGGUCAAUGAGGAGGCUCCUGCUACACUUGUGUCAGAUGAUGCACCAGUUGAGAAGAUUGUAACACCCAUGCCCUGGAAUGUAAAUCCUCAGAAUACUACAUCAGCAACUGUUUCUGGAAUUGAUCAGCUGCCAUCUAAUAAUUUGGUGAAGAAAGAACAUGAAGAAAUAUCCCAGCAGCAUAUUCUUGACGGUGCUGAAAGGGCAAAUCUAUCAGAACGACAAAGUGUUGGACUAGUUAUCAGUUGUGCUGAAUCUGAAAAGACUGAUAGUGCACCCCAAGGUCCCCGUAAAACUGGGUUUGAUUUGAAUUCUGACAUCUCUACAAAUAAUAUUAUCCAUAAUGGGCCUGAUGUAGCAGCAGUUAGUGUCCCAGUACCAGCUGAAAGUUUACCUGAUACUUCCCACGCCAAGACCAUGCCUGCUGUUCCUGAAGUUGACAAAUGUGUGAAUCCUGAAGAAUCCACAAGUGCUACCCCUAGUCUCCCUGUUGUAGAAACAGGAAGUGGUCAUACUACACUGUUGAUGGAAGCAAAAUCACUGCCUUCGCAAAGUAAUGUUGCCAGCCCUUCUGUUGGGUUAUGUGAAUCAUCCAGCCAGCCCACUGCUCAUGAGGAUACGAGACAGAGGUCUUGUGAUGCUAAUGAAUCUAGUGGUGCAUCACCAAGUUCCUCCAGUCCUCCAGUUGAACCUUUGCCUUUUAAUUCUCUGGAGAAUGCUAUUGUUGAUGGUAUGUCACAAGGGAGUGCUGAAAUGGACUGUUCAGAUGAUGAUGGUAAUACUGUUUCACGAAUUCCAACUACAAAUAAGCCUCAUGGUGAGCCAUUGGGGAAUGGCCCCCCAAUCAGCAAGGAUGGUAUCAAUACUGAUAACUUAAGCAAAGAGCUAAAGAAAGAACACGAUAGUGAUAUGCAUCAAGAUUGUUCAUCUAUGACAAAUAAGGUUAAUAUUGAUCCUAUUGAAGGUGGCAAGUGUAUUAAAACAAAAGUUGGUGUUGUCAGCCAUGCAGGUCAGCAGGGGCUCCGAAAUGAGGUUAUUGUUAGUGAAAACUCUAAAGGCAAGCAAUCUUUGAAUUCUGAUAAGAAUAUCCCAGUAAAUUAUACUGACAAUAGCAUACAUGAUGCUAAGACUGCCACAGGUUCCAGUACCACACAUCUCCAAAAGUCAUCAGCUUUUCCAAAAUCUGAUUCCCCUAAACUGCAACCUACCAAGCAUUCUCCAAAGACUUUAGAUAGCUGUCUUGAGAAGACUAGAAGCCCAGAUAUAAAGUCUCCAAAUGGUAUGCAAGCUGGAAGUUGUAGUGAGAACCAUGCAAAAAUUGCUGCUUUGAAGACAGAGCAUCAGACUAAAAGUGAAGAGGUCGGUAAACACUCUGAUUUGCGCCCAAGAGACUCUGUCCUGGGUGAAGACUCAGAACUUGAUGGCGCUUCAAGCAGUCAACAGCAUAGUGAAUAUGGCAAGAAGUCAGCGUCUGAAAAGUCAGAACAUGACAAAUCCAAACCUGACUCUUGUAACACAUCUCUACAGAAUGAAAAAGAUGGACAACUUGUUGGGGCAAAUUGGACACUGGGGCAUGUUUAUGUGAAUAGGAACGAAAGAUGGGAGAGAUUCAUGGAGUCCGAGCGAGAAAAGAACAAUGGAGAAUGCCAUGGUGGCAGACAUGCAUCUGAUGUUAUGAACAAACGAAUGACAAACCACCGUGGUGGUUGGCGGGGUGCUGGAUCCCGUGGCCAUCUGAGGAACUUCCGAGGUCCAAGAAUGAGCAAUGAGUUUGUUGAUGAAUCUAUUGGUGGCAGGAGGCGUUCAUUUGAAGAUGAACCUGGGCACAUCCGAGGUCCACAUAGGAGGCGUCAUUCACCACCACAUGGCUGCAUCAUGAGAGAGAUGGACAUUGACGAUUUCUAUGGAAGAGAGAUUCCAGACUCUAGGCUGCUGGCCCGUGGGCAAAUAGAAGAUCUCCCAGAUGACAUGAUGGAUGAUAGGUUUUUUAUGCCACAUUCCCAUAGACACCGUGGUCAAGCUGGACUCCAUACAGAAGAGGAACUUGUGGGUAGAAGGAAGCAUAGGGAGCGGAGAGCAUAUCUUCAUUCUCCGGUCAGUGAUGAAGACGAGAUGCUCUCCUACCAGACAGAGGAUGACAUGGAAUUUGCUGAAGGAGGUGUUGGUCCACGGGAGCACGAUGGUCGCUUCAGGAACAGGAUGGGGCACAGCAGGGCAAGAGGAGAACAAGAGGAUGGGUACAGGCACCGUGGUGGUCAUCAAGGGUGGCGAGACAGUGACUCGAAUGACAGACCAAAAAGGAGGAGGUACUGA